UCCACCAAAUUCCUCAGCGCUCUCUCACACUCCUCUGCGGCCACGACUCCGGGGGUGGGGAAACACAGCCGGGUUCCUCCCCGCAGAAGCCCUCUCCGUUCCUUCUCACAGCUCUGGGAAGGGGAAAGGGGUUUGAGACUCAACCAGAUCCCAACUCCAGUUCCCAACACGAAGUGGCUGCUCCACAUUCCACACCCGGGGGCCCCCUGGUUUGGGGCUCGCUCUCGCGCGCUCUCUCUCUCUCCCCCCACUCUCUCUCAUCCUCUCCCCCAAACAUGUCCACCGGCUCCCUCAGCGAUGUGGAGGAUCUUCAAGAGGUGGAGAUGCUGGACUGCGACGGCCUGAAAAUGGACUCGAGCAAAGAGUUUGUGACUUCCAACGAGAGCACCGAGGAGAGCUCCAACUGCGAGGCGGGGUCUCCCCAGAAAGGCCGCGGAGGCCUGGGCAAGAGGAGGAAGGCGCCCACCAAGAAGAGCCCCUUGAGCGGCGUCAGCCAGGAGGGGAAGCAGGUCCAGCGCAACGCGGCCAACGCGCGCGAGCGGGCCCGGAUGCGGGUGCUGAGCAAGGCCUUCUCCAGGCUCAAGACGACCCUGCCCUGGGUGCCCCCGGACACCAAGCUCUCCAAGCUGGACACGCUCAGGCUGGCAUCCAGCUACAUUGCGCACUUGAGGCAGAUCCUGGCUAACGACAAGUACGAGAACGGUUACAUUCACCCGGUCAACCUGACGUGGCCCUUUAUGGUGGCCGGGAAACCCGAGAGUGACCUGAAAGAAGUGGUCACCGCGAGCCGCUUAUGUGGAACCACAGCGUCUUGACCCUGGAGGUGCGAGUCUGGGAAAGGCGCGCUCCCAGGGGGGAGCGGGCCCCGGGAAGGCGACCCCUGCCCUCCCUGCUCUCUGUCUGUGCUUCCCCCUCGCAACGCUCCUCUCCCUGUCCGCCCCCGCCCCCACCCCCGCAAGAACACUUUACAGCGACGAGGAGAUUCGUUUCCAGACCUGAGGAGAUCAAUUGUACUUACAAAGAUUCCCAUCUAUUUAACUUUAUUAACUUCUACCGUGAAUGACUCUGCGAGCCUUGCUGGUCCAAGUGCAAUAUGUAAUUAUAAAUAUAUAAAUAGAUAAUAAGAGCCUAUCAACGUGUAUCUUUUGUACAAUAUGUUGUAAAAUGUAGAUCAUAGAAUAGCUGACUUUGACAGUCACAUUUAUAAAGUAAUUCACUUAAAGAUAUAUAUAUUUUUUCAAACAAGUUUUGCUACUUUCGAAAAUAAAUCUUUCUUUAUAUUGCUAAAA